CGUCCAGAGCUAUCCACUGAAUGUUCUUAAAUACAGAUUGGGGCUUUCGUCUCGCUUUAGAAAGAGAGGGUCAAAAUUAAGAAAAAUAAAUAAAAAAUCAAAAGAUUUAAUUACAAAAAAGAAAAUGGAUGUGGUGACAUUCGGAGUCAUAGUCGGAAUCAUCAUCCUCAUCUUCUGCAUCGUCUGCUUCAUCACCAUCGAAGGCGCCUGCUGCAACAACCGCCGCUCUUCUUAAGUCUCUUGCAUUAGAUCAAUCAGAUGUCGUUGUCACUGACAAGACUCGCUGUUCCGUUUCUCGUUCUGGUGCUGUUCCUGGAUCUGUGCGUAUACACCGGACUCUCUCACUCAACGCCGGCGCGUGAGGACCACGAUCAUCAUCAUGAGGAGGUGAAGAUGAAGUUGCCGGAGGAGCUGGCGGAGGAGGAGGAUAUGAGGCUGUGUGGGUUUGGGCCGUGUCUUCAUCACGAUCACGAUCACGAUCACGAUCACGAAUCAAGUUCUAGUCUUUCUGGAUUUGCACUGUGGGUUAAUGCGUUGGGAUGCUCUCUUUUGGUUAGCUUGGCUUCACUCAUUUGUCUGAUUUUGCUCCCUGUUAUGUUCGUUCAAGGGAAGCCUGCAAAAUGGUUUGUUGAUGCCCUGGCUCUGUUUGGGGCAGGAGCUAUGUUGGGGGAUGCUUUUCUUCACCAAUUGCCACAUGCUUUUGGUGGUGGUCACUCUCAUUCGCAUGAUCACCAUGAGAGUCAUGACCAUCAUGAUCAUUCUCACUCUCAUUCGGAUUCGCCUUCACAUUCACAUUCUAUACAAGAUCUGUCUGUUGGACUGUCUGUUCUUGCUGGGAUUGUGGUCUUCCUUCUUGUGGAGAAAUUGGUGCGGUACGUCGAAGAAAACUCGUCUGGAUCCAAUGCUUGGGGUCACCAUCACCACCACCACCAUGCAGGAGGCAGUAAGAAACUGAAGGAUGAGGACGAUCAUAACAACGCGGACAAACAGUGUCCCUCUGAUGCAACUGAAAAUUCAUCAGAAAAAGUCUCUAAAGAUAAAUCUCUCCGUAAGAGAAAGACUUCUGCUAUUGAUGGUGUGGAUAAAUCAAACUCAGGCUCAGAAACUAUCUCCAAUGGAAAAUUGGACAAACCUGAACAGGCGGAGAAGAACUCAAGCCUAGUAUUUGGUUACCUCAACUUGUUCUCUGAUGGUGUUCACAAUUUUACUGAUGGAAUGGCGUUAGGAAGUGCGUUUCUCAUCUACGGAUCAGUUGGUGGAUGGUCAAGAACCAUGUUCUUGCUUGCGCACGAGCUUCCCCAAGAGAUAGGUGAUUUUGGGAUUCUAGUGAGGUCAGGCUUCACUGUAACAAAGGCACUCUUCUUCAACUUCCUCUCUGCACUCGUUGCACUUGCAGGAACUUCAUUGGUUCUGGUCUGGGGAGAUGAACCGGGACAGUCAUCAUUGAUUGAGGGAUUCACAGCGGGAGGAUUCAUAUACAUAGCGGUUGCAGGUGUUCUUGCGGAGAUGAACAACAACUCUGGAAAAUCGACAGUUAAAAACAGUGUGUGCCAUUUGAUAUCGUUGAUGCUUGGCAUGAGUGUUGCUCUUGUCAUCUCUCUUCUUGAAUGAUCUCUCUUAUUAAUUGCUUUGUAGUAGCCCGCUAUAAAAGACAUGUCCCAAGUUGGGGUUACAGAAAUGAUUAUUUUCUACACUUGUGGCAAAUUUUCUGUAGUCAGAUCGACGUUAGUCUCUUCAUUGCAAAAUGUUGAGUCAAAAAGGUUCCCCAAUCCAGUUUUUGUUCUGUUUUUGA